AGAGACCCGGCCUCAGUCAGCCGUGGAGGCCAGCAGGGCUGGGCCAGGGAAUGGGGAGGGGGGGGUUGCCUUUUUAAUGGGUCCUGGGAGUGACUGGGAGCACCUGGGAGUGACUGGGAGCACCUGGGUGCUCCCUUUCUUCUCGCUGCAGCUCAAGGGAGAAUCAGGAAGUGGGGUGAGUGCCUGGAGGGCAAGGAGAACCCCCUCCUCCUUAUUCCUCCCUCUUCUUCCUGUUCCAGGUUGUCUAACUUCAAUCCUUCUUGCUGUAGUGUGGUUUUUCGUUCUGGUGUUUCGUGGAUUUUCUCUGUGUGUCUCUGUGUGUUGGAGAGGGUGUGCUUAGCCACCCUGUGCUGGAAAAAAGUAAGGACACAGAGGGGCUAAAAUUGGAAAACUAGAGCUGAAAGACAGGGAGGCAGAUUCCCAAUUUAGUGGCUUUUCCAAGUGGAGAGGGAGAGCCCAGCUCCGGGGGCUAGUUGGUGCUAAGGGUGUCUGUUGAUCAAGGAAUCAUUCACUGCCCCUAAGCAGCCUCAGCUGGGGUCUAGAUGCCCGGGCCUGCACAGAGGACUGGGCUGCAGGAAGGAGAGGGUGCAGCUGGUGGAGAAGCAGACAGGUGGCGAACAGGUGCUACGGCCACAACCUGAUGCUGCACCCAAGGCAGAAUCCCCCGGAGGUCUGGACCCCAGAAACCAAGAGGCCUGGUGAGCAAACCUGGGAUACGCAGGGAGCUCUCAGACCCUGGACGCCUGGAAUUGGGGGUCUGGGGAGCAAAGGCCCUUAGGGAACUGGCCGGAGCAGCAGGAAGACCCCUCUGGCUCCCAUGGCUUUUCCCCACCCCCUAUCUGAUCAGGUAAGGUUCUGGCAUUCCCCGUGGAGUCCCCAGGCCCUCCCCAAAUGUCCAAAGAAGCAAGUUAGAUUAAGAAUAGACUCGAAUGAGUGGGCGUGUUUGCCUCUUGUCUCUGCGCAAGGUGUGGGGAAGAUAUGUUUGCGUGUGCAUUGUGGCCCGUCACGGCUGGUCAGCAGGAAAGGACCUGGGUGGAGAGGGCGCAUCCUCUCGAGAAAUCAUCUCAUCCAUUCCACCUGCCUCUAGGCUGGUCGUUUCCCGAGCCAGGCAGGUCUGCCCCCUCCUCACUUUCUUAAUCCUGAGGGAGGAAACUCGGGCAUUCACUCACAGUCCUGAAGUCAGUCCUUCCUGGAGUCUGAAGUCUCUGCUGCCGCAGGAUCCAGCUCUGCCCGCCCCCAUAGGGUUCUCUUUUCCCUGCUGAUAAAACCCAGUUCCUCUGGGCUGAUGGGAGGGUGAGAAGGGUUGGGUGGCAUUGCACUCCAGUCCUGUCCCCGUCGGGCCCAGCUCAGGCCCUUUUACCACCCUGGGCAUUCCCUGACCCCCAGGAUGCAGGCAGUAGAAGGGCAUCCCCAACUGAUUGGGGCAGCACCUCUGUUCCUGGACCCCACUCUCGUGGUGGGCCAGGUAGGGCCAGAGUGGGGCUGGGUCCUGGGGAGGCUCUGGUCCUCAGGAGCGAAGGUGCUGUGAGGAGAGGCACAUGUCCUCUCAGCUCCCUGCCCGGCCCCGCCCAUGCCGCCUCUGCGGAGCUCAGCUCCGGGCUCCAGGGCCUGCCGAGGCACGCUGCCCCCCCAGGCCCGGCGCCUCACUCACCUCCCAGGGCCAGGAACCUGUUCUCCCGGGAAUGCCGGGGAGUUCUCAAAGGACUUUAUUUCAGGAAAGGACUUUAUUUCUUGAUUCUACACCUGGGAAGGCAAGAGAAAGAUUAGAGAGUUGGGGCACCCUCCCUGCUCCCCGUAUCUGUCUCAUCCAUACACUAACCCCAUAGGACCCCAACCAACAGCUGUGCCUUCAUUCAUUGUGAGACGGGAGAAGGCCUGGGACAGUUGAAGACAAAGGGGGAGGCCCACUGGUGACACUUGCCUUCUGGGAAGAUGUCUUAUGUCCCCACUUUGGUCUCAGGGAAUGUCUUCCUUUAGCCCCCAUGGAGAGUUCCAUCUGCCCUCUAAGAAAGUACCGCUUCCCAUGGGCUCUCCAUCCUUUUCUGCCAGGAAGUCCUUCCUGCUGUCUAACUUCCCUCCUUCCAGCUUGAGUCUUCAUGGACCAGCAGAGCCCCCACUGCCUACACAGGGCUCAAGCACCUAGCUAGAGACUGUUACUAAGUCACACUGAAAUUUCUGAAGACCUUGUGUACAGGAAGGGACAGAAAUAAGGCCCCAUGCCCGCUGCCCCUCUAUUAGUCUCUCUGGCUCCAUACCCUGAUGAGAAGGGGGCUGUUGGGAGACAUUUCUGCCUGCCUCCCCUUAUUCCCCUAUAACAGAGGGAUGCCAGGGACAGAGGUCCCGCAGAUAUGGCCUCCCCUCUUUCUUUCCCAGUCACAGCCCACCGUCCCUGCUGAGGCCUGCAGGAGGGAGUUUUUAGCAAGCUGAGAUUGGCUUCUGCAGCAGGAGAGAUUGACAUUAGACUUCAGAGAGACGUUUCAGCAUUUUAAAUUAAGUUUACCUGGACUAUGUGACCACAGGAGGUGGUUUCCUGAGUGGAGAGACAACCAUUGAUCUGUGAUGGGUGUGGCUGGGCUGGCAACAUGCCCGGGAGCAGGGGAAUGACAAGAUGACCUCUGGGAGAGUGGGUCUCAGAAGCAUCAAUCAAAGGUCCCUGAGUGAUUUUGUUCUUUCUCACUUAUUCCUUUCCAUCCUUUGCCCCUUCCUCCAUCUCUGUGCCCAUCUCCAACCUCCACCCCUCUGCAUGCAUAACCUCUCUACUCCACCUGUCUUUCCUUUCACAACCCAACUCUACCCCCAUUCUCAUCUCUAACCCCAAUCCAGCCCUUUUCCUAUCCAACCCACAUCCCCAACCCCAGUUUCAAGUCCACCUCCACCACCUUAUUUCUCUCUUUGCUUUCUCCCUCACCUCCUCAGCCCCAACUUCAUCGUCAUCCCUAACUCCAUCUUCCCAUCCCACAGCAUUUCCACCUCCCCAGGAUGGAUCUCUCCAUACACCAGAGAUCCCCUUUGGAGGUCAGCGCCCCUCAUCGGUGCCCCCGCCAGGUCCUGGUAUGUCCUCCACAUUCUCCCAGUGUUCAGGACAAAAUGGAUUGGGUAGGAUCAUCCCUGGAGAAGCCCUCAGCUUCCUGAUCUUAUCUGAACUUUAAAGGCUGGUUGCUGGCCAAAUAGUAAAAAUGAGUUCAGGUGCCACAAGACAAGUCUGAUGUCCAGAUGGACCUCUCAACACUGCAGGUGUGUGGCAGGUCAAGUGGGGAGAUGAAGAGACAUCCUUAGAGGGCCCCAAAGGGAGGCAGUGGCAAUGUUUUUGGGGGGUGCUGGGAGCAUAACCGAUCCUAUUAAGCAUGGCCAGGCCCAAGGCAAGGAGAUGGACAGAAGCUAAAGCAAGGAAGCCUGCUGGGUUGUUUAGGAAUGACUGCAGUCUUGGGCAUCCCCAGUCUCUACCCCACCUGUGGCUCUUGCUUAGUCAGCUCAGAUUAAUGGAGCCGGGGAGAGAAUUAGCUGAAUCGUGAUCUCUCAGGGAACUUGACUCAAGAGCCAGCUGUGAGUCACAGAGAAAAGGAAACCCAUGCUCUCAUGGCUACCCUGGAAGGUGCAGAGGGUAGGUACCACUCAAGACCCCCCAGGAUGCAACAGAGAGUUUCCCAGAAGUCUGACCCUAACCCUCCACCCCGUGCUCAUGGGAGGACACAUGAUCAGUCUACUUCAAGCCCUGCUCCCCCAGCCUGAAACUACUGCUUCUGAUAAACUACAGACAACCUGGGCAGGCACCAACACAGACACACACACACACACACACACACACACACACACACACACACACACACACACACAGAAUAGGGCAUGUCCCUGGAACCGGAUCACCCGGAGACAGUUGGAGAUCUUACAUACACUUGUAAAUUCCACAGCCAUGUCCCAGACUACACCAGCCCAUCAUUCUUGGAAGGCAUAGGAUGUGCGUGAGGACACACACACACACACACACACACACACACACACACACACAUCGCUGUGAUCAGAAAACCCAAUUUUCAGACUGUCCACUUAGCAGAGGCAGAGUGACUGCAGCAGUAUUCACCAUCAGAGGUGUCCCCAGCUCCCUCUGAGAGGAGUUCCUGGAGCCCACAUUGGGCCCCAUGGAGCACGUGGCUUUGGAGAAGAGGCUCAGCCUCUGGGACCUUCUCAUGAUCAUGUCCGAUCUGCCCAAGGUGGGAAAGGUUUUGGAGAGAAAGUUCUUUGGGAUGACAAUGCCAAGCCCAGGAGGAUCUGUGUGUGUGUGUGUGUGUGUACGUGUGCUCUGGGUGGCUUUGGAGGAGAGGUGCACCAGUAGGUAUUUGUCUGGUACUAGAUCUGCAUCAUUAGUAGUGGUGGUGGGAUUACUAUCCCUAAUAGUAGACUGGUAAUAAUGAGAGUCCUUAUGAUAAUAAUAUGUAGAGAGCAUGAGAGGCCCCUGGCUCAAGGGAUGGUAGGUCCCUGAACCAUCUCAAGCCCCCAGUAAGGUGAGCAGGCAGAAAGGGGUCUGGACCCGUCCUAUGUAGAGCACCCAGGGAGGGGCAAAUGGUUGAAGGGGCAAAGAUCUCAGCCCGCAUCCCUCUCCUGAAAUCCAAUGGGCCUGGGACCCCAGGGGAGGAGGCAGGGGCGCCAGGCAAGACGGUGUCAGUUUAUCUUCCUCAGAGGAUUUUGACACCCUGCUUCUCACUCAGUCCCCAGGACAGCCAGGUGAGGUAUGUAAGGCAAAGAAGAGGAUCCCAUUUUAUAAAGGAGGCAAUGAGGUUAAUUUCUGUGACUAGCCCACGCUGAUGGCAGAGCUGGGAGAGGAGAUUCUAGGGUCCUUGGUCAGAAGGACUCCCUGUGCGGGAACAGGCGGGCUUUGUAAGGCAGCUGGGGGUUUCUGAGAUAAUAAAUGCCAAUCUAGGGGAUGAGGUGAAACAAGGCCCCAGUCAUCGUUGUGGGUCUCACCUCUCAUAUCCUCAGCCACCAAUCACCAGCACAGCCAGUUAACUCCACAGCCAGUUAUCAGAGCAGCCCACAGGAGGCUGGAGGGGGGACCAGGCUCAGCCCUGAGCGACUUUGUUAUGGGGGAAGGACUUCUGGGACACUGGAUCACAGAGAUAAUGGGUGCUCAGAGGAGACCAACUUCAUCCCACCCCCCCGCCCAUUCCCCUACCCUCUUUAGCCAGAGUGGCUGGAAGAGGCGUGUUGUAAGGAAGGAGGAAGGCCAUAUGUUACCAUCUAUGAAAAAUCCUCCUGUUCCUUCAGUCACUGCCCACCUCACCAUCCACUCUUGGAUCCCUUUCACAGCUAGGCAGACGGAGGACUAGAAGGAACUUUCUUUGGAAAUCAGACCACUGCUUUCUGAACAUUGCCCCCUGGGAGGACUAAACAAGCAAGGAAUCCCCACCCUUCAGGAGCCCAGCUCUGAAGUCGGGCCCCAGGGGCUCCAGGUCACCUGGCUCACAUACGAGUCCCUUGCCAGACCUAUUCUCACCAUCAGACCCAGUCAUGCCUUUAAAAAUUCCUGGGGCAGAUGCGGGGUGGAAGUCACCUUCUCCCUAAAUCUCACAUGUAAGGGUCUCAUGAUCUUGGAAGAGAGAAUUUUGCCUCCCCCUCCCCCUGCUAAACUUGGAGGCCAAGAUGACCUUGCUUCUGGGCACAAGAUCUGGAGAUGGGCUCACAGCCUCAGAGCCUGAACUCCAGAGGAGGCAGGAGGGAGGAAAAGACAGACCAUGAAUGACACCAAAGACCAAAAGAUUCCUUGGGGGUUGGGGGUGUUUAGGUGGGAAGUGUCUUGGAAACAGUCACCUAAGGAGUAGAGAGAACCCAGCAGAGCCAGUCUCUCAGACCAGGUGUCCAUAGCAGAGGAGAAAAGGGGGCCUGGUGGGUGUGUCUCAGAAAGAGAUGGAUGGGAGCUUUGAAGGAUAGCAUUUCUUAUUUCCUUGAAACCAGCUCCUCUUUCUCCCCAUCUACCAAAUGAGCAUCUAUAGGCAGUUCAAGGACACCCAUUAAUCUGUCCCACUGUCCAUUCAUUCAUCUGUCUGUCCGUCUGUCCAGCUUUCCAUCCAGUCAUUUGUCCACCCAUCAAUCUGUCCAUUUCACCCACUCACCUAUCCUUCCAUUCAUCCACCUAUCCCUCCCUCCAUCCAUCCAUCAUCCUUCCAUCCAAGGAGGUCAGGUCCCACUCAGUCUCCCCAGGGCUGCUGGGAAGGGCCUGUGGUCCAGUGGCAUUUAUGGGGCAUGUGACCUGCCUGCCUGGCCUGCGGAGGCAGCCCCGCCCCGGCCCUCAGGCAGGGGGCUGGUCCAGGCAUGUGGGAGUAUUUAUACCUCAGUGGAAGCUCCUGGGGAGUUCCUGGGCUGAAUGACUCCCCGAAGAAGCCGUGAUGGUGGCCAUGGCCCAGAGCCUACUGUGAGUGUUGGAUUCAGCUCCUCUGGGGCCAAGGCUGGGUGGCAGGGGCUGGGAACGGGCUGGAGAGAUGGGAAGCUGCCCACGAUGGUCAGGGACGGUAGAAAGGAAGGGGUUCUGGGCAAAGGAGAAUGGGGGAACCGGAAGCUGUUGGAGUUCGACAUCCACAGCCAGGCUGGGACCCACCCUGCAGGAGGGAUGAGUCCAUUGCCAUUUACUAGCCCUCGGUGAACGGCAGGAAGGAUACGGCAAGAAGACUAACAUUACAAGAGAGAUUACAUUACGGGUUAGACAUCGGGAAGAACUUCAAGGUCGGCCCCAGGCAUGCGAGGUGGUUCGAGCGCUUUUUCGGGACGGGCAUACCGAGUUCUGCUCUAAGACAAGCCUACUUCCAGAGGCAGAGGGAUGACUGAAGUGGCUUCAGGAGAGCCCUGGUUUGGGGAAUGGGAACGACUCAGCUGCAGGUGUCCGUGGCUCAGAUUUGAGGAAAGCAUCACAUGGGGGACAUGAUCACUCUUCAUCCUUUGUUCUUAUUCCCCACUCCACCCCCUGCCCUUUUCAUCUGUAGUUGCUUCUCAGAGCGCUUUAAUCAGAUCUCAAGGCAGGGGCAGCUGACCCAAUUCCUGAUACCGAGUCAGGGUCAAGAGCCAGAGGGGACAGGAUUUUGGCCUCAGAACCCCCAACCUUGAUGGGAGCAGAGGAGCUAGAAACCCCAGACUCCCAGUAUCCAGGGUGUCCAGCCUCAGGAGUGGCCCCUACCAAACUGCUCCAGGGGACCCCUCCCAGCAGCCGGGAGGGUGGAGCCUGGGUGGGGCCACAGGCGGCACUGGGCACGGUCCCCACCCCUUGUAAAACAUGCUGCCACAGCCAGUAACAGAAACCAUUAAGGUGGAACUCUACCAUCUCCACCUCUGUAAAGGGCAGGUAGGAGCAGCCUGCAUGGGAGGGAGUGUGUAGAGCCCAGUGAGGGCCCUUAGUGUCCUCUGUGACUCAGCCGCCCACGUAGGGUACAGGGACAGACCGUCCCAAGGAAACCUCCAACCUUGCCCCUCACCUGCCAAUCUGGCUUCCAGGUGUGAGCAAGGAAGUUGAGGUGUUCCCGAGGUGGGGCUGUGUAGCAUAGUGGUUAGGCACUCUAGCUUUGAAGCCUGUGUCUGAAUCCUGGGGAGCAUCAUUCACUAGCUGAGUGAACUUGGGCAAGUCAGGUUAACCUCUCUGAGCCUCAGUUUCCUCGUCUAUAAAAUGGGGGUGAUAAUACAGCACCUCCUUUCUGGGGUAUAAUAACUCACCCAGUUGUUCCUGGUCCCCUUGAGGAUUUCCUCAGAGAGGUCCCUCCUGAAGAAAAAGCAGAGAUGAGGGCCUAACUGACAGCUCUGUGGACCAUAUACACAUCCACAGGACCAGCUUCAACAUCUUUAGAUGCAAAUGGUCCCAGCGCAUCAUUUUACUUAUAACGAAACUGAGUACAGAAAAGGGGAAGUGACUUGUCCAAGGUCACACAACCAGCCAACAGGGUGUCCCCCCGCUCCUACCCCACAAAUGCCCCCUCUGCCUUAAUCCUGGGGUACUGGGAAAAGAGUCUCUGAGGGGUGGGGAGAUAUGCUGGGUGGAAGGGACAAAAGACCUGGCUGUUUGUGAGAAGGACACAGAGCAAAGAUUUGAUAACACUGGUUGUUGAUCCUGUGUUCAUUCUUUCUGAGGAAUUUCUUCCUCAUCAUGCUUCCUACUCAGGUUAGCAUUUCUUUCUUCCCUCUGACUCCAGGAAAGAUCAAGUCUACUUCUUCUAUCCCUACCCCUGCCCUCCCACUCCUCAAGGAUCAUGGAAGAAGGAAAAGUUCUGAGAGUAGAGGGUAGACAGAAUACCUGGAUACUAAAGUGGUCUUCUGCUAAAGUUUUGCCAGCGUUGCACCCCUGGAGUGGUUUGGGGGCAUAACUGGGGCUCUGAGGCCUGAGACGCAGGAGACGCAGGAGAUGUGGUUUUCAGUUUUAACUAUGUGGCCCUGGGCAUGUCAUUUCUCUCUGGACCUUAAUCUUCUCCCCUGAAAAAUGGGAUUAAUGACAUUUCUCCCCUACCAGUGGUGUAUGAUAAAUGCUCACCCACCAGCUCUCCAAAAAAAAGGACUAAUUUGUAGCAUUUGCAAAUUUCCUUGGGUAAAUAUUCCCACCAAGGCCAAUUUGGGCCAAUUUCACCAAAAAUGGAUUUGGAAAGAGAUGGGUACAGUUGGCCCUCACAAGUCCAUAGCAGCUGACUCCAGCACACCACUGCCUGCUACUCUCUGGGGCAAAGGGAGGAUGAAAUGAGAUGAUAGAUACGAAGGUGCUUUGUCAACUGCAGAGUGCUUUAUAGAUGUGCAGUUGUGAUUAGGAAAGUCCUUACAGUCCAAGGGACCCCAGGGCACUGUCCACCAUUGAGAGCCCUGGCCUAACUCUAGCCCAAAAAGAGAGCAGGUUGUGGGUUGUGGAAGCCCACCCUGAGUGGCAGGGUCAUGAGUGCCAUCAGGGGUAGCUCCUGGGAUCCAAGGAAGGAGGAGAGCUGACUGGACCUCCUGCACUGGUUUGCUGACGAGAUUUGCAGGCACACAUCCUAUCGUGCCCCCUGAAACUGCAGCAGGUAGCGUAAAGAUUAGUCAUCAAUGAAAGAUUCCUCGUGAAUGCAGAUGCCAGAGCCCGGGCACUGCAACCGUCAGAGAGGCCUCUUGAGGGAUCCAAAGCAAGAGUCGCCUCCCCUUCCUUCCUACUCGAAUCCCUGGGAGUUUCUGCAGCCAUUCUCCCUCAGGGGAAUGGCUAAAAUGAUCUCUGAGGCCAGAGGGUCAAGAGGAGAGAAGUGUAGCCUCUGCCAAUGGGGGAGGAUGACGUCAGGGAGACGGAGGUGGGAGGCAGGAAAGAGGAGUUCCCUCCGCUCUCCUGGUCCUCACCCCCAGAGCUCAUCAUUUAGAAUAACUCUGUCCCACUGCUAAUUAUUAAUAAUAGCUAUCAUUUACUGAGCACAUCCUAUGCAUUAAGUUAUUUGCAAGCAAUAUAUCACUUAACCCUCCAGAGAGGUACGUACUAUUAGCCCUAUUUUAUAGAUGAGGAAACUGAGGUCCGAGGAAGGACGCUGAGCGAGUUGCCCAACCAAAGUCCCACUGUUAAAUGGGAUUCAAACCCAAUCCUGACUCUAGAGCUUCUGAACUAGAUAAUGCAACUUUAAGAGCUCCACCAGCUACUCGAGAAAGGGGUCAGGGACUAAGGCAGCCUCAUCCCUCUCUCCACAAGGGGAGAGGUGGGUCCACAAGCCCUGUUAUCAGAGGAGCAAAAGGAGAUACAGAGAACUGCACCGUUUUUUCAAAGUCACACAGCCAGGAAGUGACACAGCUGGGACUCAGACUUGGGUCAGCCCAAAUCCCAAACCUUUGCUCUUAACUAUAUGUUCUUCUGCCUCUGGAGAGGAGAGUGACCACCGCCCCACGUGUUACAAAGCCCAAGACCUGGGGGAGGAAGGGGCCCAGGCUGGCCUCUGGUAGGCCUGGAGAAGGCCUUGGGAAAGCACCUCUGGACCAGGGCCAGGAGUGGCAGGCGGGCCCGAGCUGUCCAGGGGCUGUCCAGGGAGCAGGGGCCGGGCCGCGCAAUCAUGCGGAGCCAGAGAUGGGCUGCCCUGCACCUCGGGCCCCAGGCCUGCUCCACCGUGGUGUCCAGUUACGGCCAGCUCGGCGCUUCCCUGGUCACGCCACAUUUAGCAUUGCCGAGUGAGCGGCACCGGGACAUGGAGAAGGGGUGGUGGAGACUCUUGAAGGGGCGGGAGAGCCUCCACCAGGCCCCCACCUGGACCCCAGCUCCUAGCCCCCUCUGCCACUGAUCCUCUGAGGGACUUUGGGCAAUUGCCCUCCCUUCUUUGUCCCCACUACCCCCUUGUCAAAUGAAGGAGAGAGCUUAUUUAACAAAGGUGUACCAACCCCAGGCUGGGCACAUGGGGCCACCACGGCCAUCCCUCCCCACCAGAGCUCCUGGGAGAGCAGGGCUGGGGAAAUGCAGUUCUCCUGCUCUGCCGGAGGGGGUCUUGUGUGUGUGUAAACCUCGUGCUUUUCUUGUUGUUUGGCGCCCAGCCCAUGCACCCCCCACUCUGACCCCCAACAAAUGAAGAGACUGAGAGGAGCGUAGCCUUCAGAGUCAGAGAGAUCUGGGUUCAAAACUUGACUCUAUCAAGGAUUAGCUAUGUGACUUGGGCAAAUCACUUAACCCCUCUGAGCCUCAGUUUCUUCAUCUGGAAAGUGAGGUUAAUAAUGUCCCUCACUCACAGGAUUAUUCUGACAAACCAAUGAGAAAAUUCUCCUAAUCAUUUACACAGUGGCCAGCCCAGAGCAGGCUCUCAGCAAAGGGUGGCCUUUCUCAGAAACCACUUGGGCAAAGAGGAAUAAAUUCAGGAGAAACUGUCCUUUGCAGAUGGUGGAGAAGGAAGGCAGAGAAGUGAGGGUAGUAGUAGUAAGAACCAUACUAAUGUUAUAAAGCAGAGACUAACACACCAUUGUAAAGCAAUUGUACUCCAAUAAAGAUGUUAAAAAAAAAAAAGAACCAUACUAAUAAUGAUGUUAAUAACGAGGGCUGGCAUUUACUGAGCACUUACUACAUGCUAGGCACUGUGCUAAAUUCUUCAUGUGCAUGAUUUCAUUUAAUCCGGCAUCCCCACGAGGGCGGCCCUCUCUCUCUCCCUGUUUUUGCAGAUGAUUGAUGCGGAAGCUCAGAAAGCUUCGCUAACACAGCUAGCAAGGAAAGGCAAAGGCUGGCUUUGAGCUGAGUCCUCUUAACCACUCAACUGUGCUGGGUACAGAGUUCUCCUAUAAUUCUAGAAGGUCUGAACAGCAAGAGCCCUCCAUGUCACCUAGUAUAGGCCCUGAGUUUUUCGAAAGGUGAGUGCAAAGCUCAGAAAGGGCACUGGCCUGCGCAAAGUCCCAGGUACUUUGGAGUGUGGAGGACAUAGGAGAAAACCAAAUAUGCCACACAUUCCACAGUGGGCCGGUGGUGGCAUCCCCAGUGCCGUGGGGGAUGCCGGCCAGGCUCACGGGGCCACGAGGCAUCCAAGUCCCCUCGAGUCCACCUGCCUCUCUCCCUCUGUGUCCUUCAUACUCUGUCUCUCCCAUUAUUUAUCUGCUUCCUUCUGUUUCCGAUGUUCCUCUCAGUUUGUCUGUUUAUCUGUCCCUGUCUGUCUGUUUCCCCCUCUCAUCAGACAUCUGGCUGGAGUCAGGGUCCCAGCCCGGGGAUGGGGUGGGAAUGGAGGUGGUGGACUUGGGCUUGGUCAGCCCUGGACGGUGGUCCUCACACUCAUCACAGCUGGCUUUCUUCGAGGCCAGGACUGGGUGAUGGUGUCGCUACUCCUGCAGCAGUCUGACGUCACGCUGCCGGGCCCCACCAGACUGGAGGGCGAGCCCCAAGGGGACCACAUGCAGGCACCGGGCCUCCCAGGCUCCCCUGCCCCACAGAACAAGCAUGCCGGCUUCAGCUGCUCAUCAUUUGUGCCCGAUGGCCCUCCAGAGAGGGCACCCUCACUGCCUCCACACAGCCCCUGCGCCGCGUCACCGGGUCCCGAGCAGGUCCACUGCCCAGCUGGCCCUGGCCUGGGCCCCUUCCGGCUCUCACCCUCAGACAAGUACCCCGGCUUCGGCUUUGAGGAGGGCCCGGCAAGCAGCCCCGGGCGCUUCCUCAAGGGCAACCACGUGCCCUUCCAUCCAUACAAGCGGCAUUUCCAUGACGACGUCUUCCCUGAGGCCCAGACCGCCUUGGCCCUCGCUGGACACUCCUUUAAGACCCCAGGGGCGCUGGAGGCCUUUGAGGAGAUCCCCACAGAUGUGGGGGAGCGUGAGGCCUUCCUGCCCGGCUUCCCAGCAGAGGCCUGGUGCAACGGGCUCCCCUACCCCAGCCGGGAGCACAGCCCCCAAGUCCUGCAGGAGUCAGAAGUUGAGGUCAAGCCCCCACCUCUGGAGAGCGGUCCAGGCAUGUACUGUUACCAGCCCCCCUUGCAGCAUAUGUACUGUCCUUCCCAGCCCCCCUUCCACCAGUACUCACCAGGUGGCAGCAGCUACCCUGUACCUUACCUGGGCUCCUCACACUAUCCAUACCAGCGGAUUGCACCCCAGGCCAGCACCGAUGGGCACCAGCCUCUCUUCCCAAAACCCAUUUACUCCUACAGCAUCCUCAUCUUCAUGGCCCUGAAGAACAGUAAAACUGGGAGCCUUCCCGUCAGCGAGAUCUACAAUUUUAUGACGGAGCACUUUCCUUACUUCAAGACGGCGCCUGAUGGCUGGAAGAAUUCUGUCCGCCACAACCUGUCUCUUAACAAGUGCUUCGAGAAGGUAGAGAACAAAUCAGGCAGUUCCUCUCGCAAGGGCUGCCUGUGGGCCCUCAAUCCAGCCAAGAUCGACAAGAUGCAGGAGGAACUGCAGAAGUGGAAGAGGAAAGACCCCAUUGCCGUGCGCAAAAGCAUGGCCAAGCCAGAAGAGCUGGACAGCCUCAUUGGAGACAAGAGGGAGAAGCUGGGUUCCCCACUGCUCGGCUGCCCACCCCCUGGGCUGGCAGGCUCAGGCUCCAUCCGGCCCCUGCCACCUCCAGCCGGGUUCUCCCAGCCGCUGCAGUCAAUCCACCCAGCUCCGGGCCCCAUUCGUGGCAAGAAUCCCCUGCAGGACCUACUUGGGGGGCACGCACCCUCCUUUUAUGGGCAGACAUAUUCGCACCUCUCACCGGGCCUGGCCCCUCCUGGACCUCUGCAGCCGUUGUUCCCACAGCCAGAUGGUCACCUUGAGCUGCGGGCCCAGCCGGGCACCCCCCAGGACUCGCCUCUGCCUGCCCACACCCCACCCAGCCACAGUGCCAAGCUGCUGGCUGAACCUUCCCCAGCCAGGACCAUACAUGAAACCCUGCUGCCAGACGGAGACCUUGGCACUGACCUGGAUGCCAUCAAUCCCUCUCUCACUGACUUCGACUUUCAGGGAAACCUGUGGGAACAGCUGAAGGAUGACAGCUUGGCCCUUGACCCCUUGGUACUGGUGACCUCACCCCUGACAUCAUCUUCAAUGCUGCCGCCCCAACCCCCAUCCCCAUCCCACUGCUUCCCCCCUGGGCCCUGUCUGGCAGAGACAGGCAGCGGGGCAGGCGACUUGACACCACCAGGCAAUGGGGCCUCCGGGGCUGUGGGGGACCUGCAUCUCACCACCCUCUACUCAGCCUUCAUGGAGCUGGAACCCAUGGCCCCUGCUGGCCCCUCUGUGUACCUCAGCCCCAGCUCCAAGCCCAUGGCCCUAGCAUGAGCUAUGCUCAGCAGCUGCUCCAGCCUUUGCCUGGCCUGGAAGUCCCAGCUGGCCACCCAUGUCGGGCUCACCUUAAAGGUCAAGGAAGGAACACACUCCCUGUCCCCUCUGCCACUAAGCCAACUUGUUUGUUAGCUGGCAGCUGGGGGUGUAGAAGUCACCACCCAGGAUUCUGCCCCUCACACAUUUCUGCCGCCUGGUACACGAGCUCCUCGCUCAGCGCCCCUGAAGAGCAAGUGUCUGGGCGAGAAGAAAAUACAUUCUCCCUAGCUCACACUCAUCCACACUUAAGCCCUCAUGCACGUAUGCACGGGCGCACAUGCACAGACACACACACAUACAGUUAUGCAGACAUACACACACACACACAUACCUUAUAUCCAGAGGAAUCAGAACUACAUCAGAGCCUGACUUCAUUUUGGGGGCAGCUGAGGGCUUUGGUUACCAAAACUCAGGGCCCCCAUGCCAGGUCCAAGACCACCAUGGAACCCUAUUCUGACGUCCACAUUCUCUGCAGGCCCGUUCCCCUCCAGGCAUGAUCUUUCCCAGAAGCCCCCUGUAUUUAUUCUCCCAUCUUCAUCCCAGCGGCCCAUCAAGAAGGAGGAGAUAUGGAGUUUCUCCCCAGGUUGUCUGUGGACCCACCCCCGGGGGCUGCCAUUCAUCAGCACCUGCCCUGCCAGGCUCUACCUGUCCUCAACUUAAGCUCUCUCUGGCCUUUCCCAGGAUGACACACAGGAGGGGCAGUGUCCACCCCAGGACCAAACUGAGCCCAAUUCUGACACAAAGUGUUUGGAAAAGCCCUUGCCCUCAGAAACUUGAAAGUGUCCUUUUCUCCCAGCCCUGGGUGCAGGAAGGGCCCCUCCAGGUCACUACAGUCUCACUCCUGAGAAGUUCAUGUAGUUUAGGCCCCAGCUUGUGAAUUACUUCCAGCUGUCUCAGGCAGCCUGGGCAUUCAGGGAAGGGAAGUCUGCUAGAGGCUGGUGGGGCAGCACCCAUGCCCCCUUUCUUUGACUGCUUGGCAGGCCCAGGAUGCCCCUGGAAUGAGGGGCUGUGACCCAGUUGCCCUCCAUGCCCUACCUGAGAGCCCAACCCCUACCAAGUGGGAGCCUCAGCCUAUCCAGGGUCUGAGGGUGACAAGAACCCCCGGAGGUUGGCCCCAGGUUCAGAUGAGACACAAGCAGAACUCUUGAAGACCUGCCAUUGUCCCCUGUCCUGGAACAAUAAAGCAAGUGCCCUGUG